UCAGUGCUGCAGCACCAAACAGAAAGAUGGGGUUUAUGCCUAUUUUCUCCUUCCUCCUGCUUUCCACUAUUAAAAAAUACGCUUUCUCUUUUAAAGAUUUUACUUCAGCCCCUGGUUAGGCUGAAAGACUGUGGCUGUCAUGUGCUGGCUUUCCAGACCCAUGAAGAGAAGAGAAGGAGAGAAGCAGUGUUCCAUUGCAUGACCAUGCAAAUAGUGCCAAGGGAAUAAAAACAGAUAGGUCCAUUAGUAAUGAGAGUAUGUGCAGAGAAUGAAACCAGGCUUCUGUCACAGCAUGUUUUUCCAAAAUGGAAAAAGCAGGCAUUUAAGGUCCAUGAACUCAAGAAAAGUAGAUGUGUAAGAAAGGAAAUGUGAUUAUGGAUAAUAAUAAAACUUUGGCAAAAGAAUAGGAUAGAAGUUGGUGUAAAUAAACAACAGCAAGGAGCAGCUAACUAAGGUUCCCUUGAAACUAGGAACUCAACCCACUGUGUAUAUAUUUCUGUGGAAAUCUCAGUCUCAAAAAAACCACUUGAAGACUAGAAUAUCUGGUUUUAAGUGAGGCUGUUGAGACAGUGGAGAUAACAAAGUGUUUGUUCUGUGGGAAACUGGUGCCAUGCUAUGAAUUGAAAUUAAAUAAGCAACCAGUAAUCUAGACUUAGCUUGUACUGAAUGUCUGUCCCAAGGGCUAUGAAGUAAGUUCCUUGAGAAUUAAGACCACGUACAGCAAAAUCUCUCACUCUGCUGGUAACCUAAGAUGGUACCAAAACUACAAAGGCAAAAUAAAAUUUUGUUUUUUAGUGUGAAUAUUGGGUUGCUGUUUCUUUGGGGAAUAUAAAUUACUUUUUCAUUGAGAAAUUACAGAACUCACAAGAGGAAAAAAACUUGUACUUAUUAGUAAAUUAGUAUUUGGUGCCAAGAAAACAGAAAUGGACAAAUGUUAAAAUGUGAGAAAGAAUGCAAUACCUAAGUCAAAGGUGUAAAACAAUAAAACCUGUACAUACUUUUGUUUUCUAAAUAGGAAGCCUGUAAGUGAAGCUCACAGGUCAGGAGGUAAUGAGACUGUAAAAGCACUGAGCAGUGUGAGUAGUUAAGUAUUGAGAGAGUUCAUGCUUCAUGGUCAAUACAUGUGCUGGACACUGCCCUGAGUAAAGAAGUAGAGGUGCAAAGUCUCUCAUUAAAGCUUCUUUUAAAACAGUGAUGCACUGGGUGAAGAGUGGGCAUCCCCUGAUUGGGACAUCCACACUGCUAUUUGCAAAACAGAAUCCUAAAGAGUAAAGGAAUAAAUUAGCAAUAUCCUUAACACACACUGCCAAAUAAGAGCAGGACUUUGCUACUCAAGAGUCACAUAAGAGAUCAGUUAGAAGCCUAAAUAGUAACAUAAUGUUAGUGUGUAUGUUGUUUUCUCAAAAAAACCCCCAAAAAUGGAAAGUGCUAAAAGCAUCAGACCAAUCUCAUGACAAACUGUCUGAUAAAGUGGAAAAUGUAUUUCAACAUUUUGUUAAAAUAAUGUAAAUACAAAAUAAUAUAUAAAAUAAUACUUAGAUCUCACUUUACCUGCAGCUGAGUCCUCUGAAGUACCUAUUACUCUGUAGGAAAGUGAUUUUGAAAUUAUCUAGUAAUUUUAUGGAAACUUCAGUUCACUGUUCAGCAGCAGGUCACACAAGUGCUGAGAAUAAUGCAGUAGGAGAUAAAUAGAAAAGAGUUUUACCCUGUGUAAAUUGAUGGUGCAGUUACGUCAACAUAGUGUAAAAUUCUGGUCUGCUGUGUUACAAAAAGACAGCAAAGCUAGAAAAAAGCUCAAAUUGGAGGGUCAAAGUAUAAUGACAGCACAGCUAAGCAGAUGGAUUGUCUGGGACUCUUCUGGAUGGGAAAGAGGCAGCUCCAUGAGGAUGCAACAGGGACCUGUAAAUUCAGAAGUGAUGUGGAAAAGGUAUGCUUUGAUAGUAGUGGUAUGGAGGCAGCCAAUCCAAAAUGAAAAAAUGAGCAACAAUUUUUCACAUGUGGCAUGUUUACAUCACAAAAUGGGACAUACAGCUAAGAUACUUGGAUCAGAAGCUCACUGAAGAUUGAUCAGUAGAAGUCAAGAGUUUGUAAUGAGGGAAGUGUUUGUGGCUGCCUCUGACAGUCCUAGAAUUCUCUGACACUCACUGAAUGCUGUUUGAUACCAGACACUAUGUUAGGAACCUUCAGCAUUAGGCAGUGCAGUUUCUUUUAGUUUCACAUUAACGUUCCAGCAUUUGGGUGAACUUUUAGGAUUUUAGGUUUUUGUAGUACCACAAACUGAGAAACAAUGUGCUAAGCACUGUAAUGGAACAAAACAUUGCCUAUUCCUAAUAAAGAGUAUUGUCUGUGUGCACUGGGAACCUGUAACUUCUGUUUAUUUUAGAUCUGAAAUGAAAAUGGCAGAGGAAAUACAUUAAUGGGUACUAAUCUGAAAAUCCCACUAGGUUGACUCUCUGAAUAGCACUGGAAAAAUUUGCACUCUUUACCAAACUUUGCAAAAUGUUAUUCACACAAAGAUCAGAAAUUCUGAGAUUUAAUUAAAUUUUCUGUUCUGCCUCACCAGGGAGGUACUUUCCACUGUGAGCUGGCUUUUUUUGGCAAGUUUUUUUCAUCUCCUUCCUCAUUCUGUGGGAAUGUCUGGACCAUACAUUUUUCUUCUUCAACAGAGGUGGCCUUUACCUUGACAGCAGAGAGUUCAAUUUUUUUAGACUGAAGUCUCUGAGAAGCAAAAUUGUGAGAGGAAUAAGGCUCUGAGUUUUUAAAUUCUCUUCAGCGUAUACAUGAAUAAAGUUAGGCCUCACCAUAUGAACAUAUCCCUUCAGUUUUGUUACUCCUCGCUGGUUUAACUAAAAUGCUCUUACAAUAAAAGAGCAAAACUAAAAGGAGAAAAAUGUCAUACUUUAGUGUAUCUAUACCAAUUUAGAGUAAUAUUCCUCUUAGCACUUCCAAAUCCAUAUCUUACUUUUAUACUCAUAUAGUAUUCAAUACAGAAAAACAGCAGCUUUUUCCUCUAGAUAAAUCUUGUAUUCCAGAGCUAUUUGAACAUGCAAAAGUUGUCAACAAGUUGCAUGACUACUACUUUCAGGUUUGUCCUUCCAUAGGUCUUACAUUUUAAAACCCCUAGUAAUUUCCAACAUUAGUUCAUUGUAGAUUUAAAGUCUUGAUUAUAAAUAUGACUUUAACUGCAUGCUGUGUUCUCUUUUUAUAGGGAUAGGAAUAAUUCCCUUAUUCAGUCCUGAAAAAAAUCCUGAAGAUAGUGGAAAGGAAAACACUAGCGUAUUACAGCUAGAAUAGAGAAAUACUUGCCUCGUGAAGAAAUCGACCUAAUGCACUAAAAAAUGCAUAACUAAUGUUGUGACCCACAACUGUGUUAAUAUUUUUAAAGACCUAAUAUCUGCCUGUGCUUUGAAACUUACAUUAUAAAGAUUACUGGGUAUUGUGGCAGCUCUGUUCCUUUGUGAAUAUUUAGCAAUGUCUUAGUCAUUGAAUCAAAAGUGUCUGCCCACAUCUAUGAAACUGGCUAAUGCCAGUUAGAAAAAGUUUUAUGCAAGUUAAGAGAACAAUGAGGGGAUUAGAUGCAGUUGUACAGCUAAAAUUUUUAUAUAUUUCUUUUAAAGUAUUAAAAUUUUGAGGAAUCUUUGUUGCUGAACAGAUUUAGUUAGUUGACAGUUAACUUGAUUUUCCUACUUAAGGUGGUAUUAAGCCUUUUUUUCUAGAAGAAUAAAUAAUAGUUAUACUGUAUUUGCCCACAUGAGGAUUACUGAAACAGAAAUAGGGAGCAAUGUGAAAAUAAUACUAUAUUUCUUCUACCUGCAAAAUUUUAGCCUUACAAUUUCAAAGCAAGUUUUAUGAUUUGUUUUCAGAAAAGGACAUGUGGGAUAGAUAAACUUUCCAAGCGUGAAUAUAGUUAUGUGAUGGAAGAGAUCAGUCAGGAAAGUAUCUCAUACAUUUCCCAGGGACCUUGCUGGUAGCCUAAUACUAUUGGAAUGGCUGAGAAACUGAGGAAUAAGCAGAAAUUAAGAAAACAGCCCAGCUGAGUUCCUUCUCAUGGAAGAUCUAAUGAGAAGCUCCACCAGUAGGAAGAGAGGAAGGGAAAGAGCAGGACCAGAGGUUGUUCCAGUAACUCCAUGGGAAGGUGUUCCUCAAACCUCAGCUCCUCUGCAACUCGUGACUUCUUGCCUGGCACCAGGAAAACAUUCAGCAGCAGAAAUGGGAAAAUUCACACUAGUUUUGGGUAAAGUGUGCUUCUGACUUUUUUUACCCUGGCAAGACGUGGCUACUUGGACUGCAUCUGCAAUGUGGCAAAGGACAAAGUGAGGUUGGCAAAGAGGCCAUGGUUUGUGGGCAAGUCCCCAGAUGCCGCAGGCUUUGUCGCCCUCGUCCCUUCCUUCUGGCCUUAGUAGUGGCCCUCUGUCUGUUCUGCCAGACCCUGACUCCUCUCAUGUCCAGCAGCAUCCUUUCAGCAGUUGUUAAUGGGAUUGCACCCAACAAACUGACUAAAACACAGCAAGGAAGAUACAAGGAGGUCUCCCCAAGCACCAUUCACUGCUUCCUCCCUGGCAGCAAUUCAGAGACAGUGAAAAAGAUCGAUGUCUCCAUUCUCCAGUACUUUGGAAGCCACACGAGAAGAGCAGUUCUCUAUGCACCUGCUGCUCACCAUGAAACGGACCGUCAGCUCUGUCAGCGCAUCCUGGCAAAACAUGGAUAUACAGUCACAGUCCUUGAAAACAGGAGACUUGUGGAAGAUCUGAGGCAUGAGGGCCCAUAUCACAGUGGUAUGACCCCUUGGGAUCUUUUCAUCUGCUUAUCUUCCAGAAGAAAUGAUGGUACUGGCUGCUUUCAAACAGAAGAUUUGAGAAAUAUAGAGCAUUUCCAGAAGGUAAACCUACUUCCAGAAAUCCAGCAUUUUCUUUGCAGAAAAGAGGGAUUAUGCCAGAUAACAAAAGCCUUUUCAGACCUGCAGCUCCCACUUGUCACCCCAGAUUGUUCUGGUCAGCCUGGACUGUCAAAGGCCAGCACCGCAAGAAAUGUGUCCCAGGGCAGCACACUCACUGAGCAGGCACGUGCCUCCCAUCCGCAGCACUGGUGGAAGCAGAGCAUGAGCACUAAGCUGAAUCAAGUAUCAACUACAUCAGACCACAAGGACAUCCUUAAAGCUCAAGACCUUUCUGUAAUCAUCAAAGCAUAUGUGCUUGUGACAUCCUUAACACCUUUGCGGGCAUUCAUUCAUUCAACCACCACGGUCUGGCAUCCGCCCAAGAAGAAGCAUUUUACCAUAAAGCUGAAAAGGUUUUUUGAGAUAUUCUUCAGAAACAGUUCUCCCCAACAAGCCUUUAACAACAUGAAGGAGGCUAUAAACAAACUUCUACUUAUAACUGAGGUCUUCAGCAAAUCAUCUGCCUCAGGACCAAAUUCUUUCAAUCAAUGCAGCCAGUGUUUUCAAAUGCUAACCUUUGACAUUGGAUUCAGCAUGUCCAUACACCCAGUAGUUCUUAAGGUGCAUGAAAACUUUGACUUUCAAGUUGAAAAUGAAUCAACUAUUCAGGACCAAAUUUCCAAAGAACUUCUUUUUGAAGAUACAUUUAAAUUUCUCUUAUCUAAUGAAUCUUCAACAUCCAGUUUCAUAGAAGCUUUGCAAAAAAUAUAUGGGUCAUCUGUGACCAAGGAUGGAACAUACAACAGAGAAGAUGAGCAAUGUUUCUCUUUGGAACAGAUAAAUUCAAUGAUUACUUUCAUAAAGGAGCUGAAGAGUCUUGGACCAUUUGAGCUGCUUUUCCCUUCUUCUGCACCCAAGAUCCAAAUGUUGCUGCAGGACCUAUAUCGCAUGGUAGACCCAAUGAGACGGCUUAAUUCAGUCCUGACUGUGCAUUGGUUGCUUUCCAGUGUCCUUCAACAGUUCCAGUUCAUGAAUAAAGAGGCACAUACAAAUCUUUCAGAGUGGCAACUUUCUCAAGAAAAUAUGAGUCCUAAACAGAAUGUUCCUUCUGACUUCAGAAAGAACCAUGAAGCAUUGCAUUAUUCCAGUAAGACUGGAGAAAGACAGUGCAGUUAUGAUAAAGAUACCCUAUCUCAUAUCAGACAGAUCUUCACCAGUCCACAGCUGGACUUGAAUCCUCAGUUUAACCCAAAGAUCAGAGAAUACUAUGCAGAAGUGCCAUUUGACAUGGUGACAGUGAAGAUAGGAGCAGAACCCUCUAACUGUCAAUGCCAUGUACACCUCGACGACAAGAAUGGGCCAAGCAAUGCUAACUACCCCCUUGGCCUUGGAUUGAACAAAGUCAUCAUUCUCUUAAUGGAUGAUUCACAGCCCAGCCCUGAGGUUGUGAGCAGCUACAGAAUCACAAUUUAUCGAGAAGACCGCCCUAGCCUCCCUUUGUUUGAUGACUAUAUGAUGUGUGGGUUUGUGCAGGACUGUGCUUCCAAAAUUCGCCCAGAGGAGUCCUGUGGCUUGCAGCCUCUCUCUCAUGAAUACCUCUCAGCAAUUUCACAGACAGUGUUUAAGACCUGUGAAACUGGAGACACAAAAGGGCAAUGGAUUGUCCCUUGCCUCAGCUGUUCUGACAACAGGACCUGCGACUGGAGAGAAAUAACUUGGCAGCCCCACGGCUGCCGAUACUCUGUGCUGGCCAAGCCCGAGCUCCAGCGCUGCGUGGAGGGCAGAAGGAUUCUUUUUAUAGGUGACUCAACCAACAGAGGGAUGAUGUAUUAUCUAAUUGAAAGAGUGAAUAAGACUCUUCAGGAAUGGCAGAAGACUCAUGAUGUUAAAUGUUAUCACAAUAUCAAUGAGGGGAAAACAUUUAUCAGUUAUUCCUACUACCCCCAGUUCUGGAUGAAUGCAAACCAGAGACCGACUUUUGAAAAAGCACUAGAACAGCUGCUGCAGAGAUCACGUCCCCUGGAGAACACAGACCAGACCGUAUUAAUUGUAGGUGGUGUUCAGUGGCUUAAUUCCAAUCACCUGCAAAUUAUCCAAAAGGUGUUAAACAGGGAAAAUCUAUCAAAUAUCCUGGUAAUUGUCAAAUCCAUAGGGAUGGGCUUUCACCUUCCAGUGGAUGGAAUCCAUUCUCUAUCACAGGCAGAAGUACAAAACUUGUGGAAUGAAAACUUGAUUAUUCUGGAUACAGCAAAAAAUUUGGGCUAUGAAGUGGUUGACACCUUUGUCAUCACCAUGGGACGUUACAAAGAAUUCCUGCAAGGGAAGUGUGGCUGCCAUUUUCAUGAGGUGGUGAAAUCCAAUCCCUCUGAAGAAAGGCCACACAUAACAAUGACGUUAUCAAGGCACUAUACGCUGGGGAAAUAUUUCGGCAGUCAAAGCAAACCAUCACAACUGCAGGACUAUACAACAAAUUCUCAGUCCCCGUAUCAUGUCCGAGGUCCAAUAAAUCAAGUUUAUUCUGAAAUCCUUCUCAGCAGGCUCUGUGCAAAUAAGAGGGAGUUUGUCAGCACAUAGCCUCUCUUGGAUAUAGCACCGAGGCUAGGGAAGUGCCACUGCCUGAGUGACAAUUGAAGGACCACUGUGGAUUUAUGAUAUGCUUCCUUGAUUGACUGCAUGCACACAAAGAGACUUCAGGACGUGUGGUUUUUUUUCCAAAAACCUUAUGAAAUUAAGAUAUGCCCUGGUGACUCUGUUGUGUGGAAGUGGAAGAUGGAGGGUUGCAAAGGAGAGAAGAGGGGAAGGUACUUGAACGAUUGCAUAAAACUAGAACAGCUGUAGCUCAAGCAAGCGUGUAUUAUUGAUAGUAAAAAGACACAUAUAUUCUCUUGAACAUUUGCAAAAGAGCUGUUUUAGGUCUUCAGCACUAUCUAUUUUUAUAUUUAUAGACACUGUAAUAUUUGAAUGUAUUUAGAAACUGACUACAUUCCAUUUGAAAGAGUUUUAUCUUAUAUGGAUGGGUUUCCCUUUCAUAUCAAACCUUUUCUGUUUCAACACUUGGUUUAUAGAAUCUGAAAAUGUCUAUUAGCAUUUUGCUGAUGAUACUCAGUUUUGAACUCCAGUUUUUAGUGAAAACACAUCUCUUCUUUGUAUCUUAGAUGGAACAGAUAUCUACUCUAUUUUUUUGCAUGUUCUGAAGCUAAUAGGGAGAUAGGUUACCUACACUUGAGACUGAUUGUAACUGUUUCAAUGUAACAUGUAAAUAUAGUGAAUUUGUUAACAUAAAUUUAUUUAUGGUCCUAGUUUAGGAGAGUGUCCAUAUGCAGGAAGAAUGUUUAGGUAAGUGCUUCAGUGUCUACCUUCUCCCGUAAGCCAAUCAAGUAUUUAUUCUUCCUGCACAGAAGUGCCAUUUCUUUAAUGAUUUUUUAUAAAACACUUGCCAAUGUGUGAAGCCAGUACCACAAACAUUAAAAAAAAAAAAAGCACACACAAGAAUUUCAGGAUCUGGUAAUUUAUCUAUCAUAAGAAGUGUGUGAUAUAAAGGCAGCAGAAUCUACUGCAAGCAUCUCUUGCUUGGCACAGACAAGGACCUUCUCUGAAUGCCAGUUUCAGUUCAGACCUUCUGUGAGCUGCAGUUUCAUGCUGUAGGCCAGCUACAUCCCCAGUGUUUGCAGACCUGUGGGUGACACCCCAGGGAGAAGCUGUGUGUUGGUCCCCUCCCAGAGUGCUGGCAGCCCCCUCACUCACAGCUGAGGUGCCCGAUGUGAAACUGUGCACGGUCCAGGAUUAGCAGCUGGGUGACAGGCUAGUGGCAACCCACAGGACUGUUGUCCCUACAGAUUAUCCAGUUAUGGAAUUUCAUUCAUCCAGUCACACAGCAGGCAGUCAAGGCACCACUCUACCACCAAGUAUUAGAGAAGGGUGUUUUAAGCAGGCAGGUGUAAGUCUAACCAGGGGUCUGCUGAGUUCUGUGUCGUGCUUCUCUGUCACAAUUUUACAUAUAAUGCUUCACUAGCUUUUGCUUUGGGAAAGGAAGUCACAAAAAAAGUCAGGGAAUAAACAAAUUUCAACAAAUAAAAAAACAAAGCAAAGAACUAAUUAUCAUCUUACUUGCCUUAGUAGCACACAGAGGGCUACCCUGUAUAGAAGUAGGGCUAGCAAUUCACAACACAACAUUUAGUAUUUGCCUAAGAUCCUGUAUCUAUAAACAGUCUGUAUGCCCAGCUAUAGUUCUGUGAAUUUGUGCUUCUUCAGGUAAGAAAUGUAAAGUUUUAAUAGGAAAUUCUCUUGCAAUAUGGAGUUUGGCAUCCUAGAUGAUAGAGAGUAUCCUCCAAAACAGGAUCUGGCAUUCCUGAUUUAAGACACCUUUCACUAUAUUGAAAAACCUUCUAAUUUAGAUAAUGACAAAAUUAGUGAGAUGGUAUGAUUAUAUCUGUUUCUUUAUAAUAUGCUGCUGAUUGCUUACAGAAAAUAUCCCCAAAUUUCAAUGUAAGGUUUUCCCUGGCAUGGAGAUCUACAUGAAAGAUGGGUCAGGAGCUGUGUGUAAAUACUGAAAAUAUCAGCAUUUGGUUUUGAGCAAUAUGAUUAUCUAAAGAAUGUAAUUAUAUGCAAAUGAUGUAAUAUAUUCUCUUGGGUCUGGAAAUCCAGGGCUGCACAACCUUAAAGCUGAAGGAUAGAAUAUCAUCAUUGAUAUUAGUAGAUGCAAAAUACAGCCAGAUGUCUUUGGUAUUAAGAUGAUCGAUGAUAGCUGUAUUACAGUUCUGCUUCUGAUAAGAUUUUUUUUUUUGUAGCUCAUUUAAAUCCACAUGCUGUUACUGUUCUUGUUCUGUACAUAAAUGUUUUUAAGGCAUUAACUGGGUUUUUGUGAGGUUUUUUUAGCCAAAACCUAUUGCUGAAGCAUCAACUUAGUUAUGAAAAAGAAAGAGCUGACUUUGUUAUACUGUAGUGGAUAUCAGUGAAUGUGCAAUUCAUCAGUUCUGGUUUCACCACAAAAUGGUUUACAUGUGCUGUACACCCAGGUGUCUUAAUGUUUUCCAAAUCUUAAUAUUUUUCAAAUGUAUUAAGUGUAUAUUUUCCUGUGUGUUUCCUAUUUUUACAUGUCUAUGUACAUUAUUAUGUCUGUACAAAGUCAUUGGUACAAUUUGCAAAUUGAUCUUUAUUUAAGCGAGUUCUUAGAAUAAGCUUUUUCCAACACUAUGUAUGAUCCACAUAGUCUUAGGAAUAAACAAAGGAUACUAAGCUACAUUUUUGUUAUUUAACUUUAAAAUAUAUCUAGUAUCUCUAUGAAUGUGAAAGAUGAGAUUUGAGAUUGACAUGCAAGGAUUGCUUGCUCAUAUGCAUUAAAAUUUAUGGAUUAAGACAAUAAAAGGAUUACUGUGUUUGAAUUCCAGUGAGAGCACAUGUUGCUAUCUACAGUUUACUCUAGAGUUAUUAUAUCUGCUGUGAUAUUUUGCCUGAAUAAACAUUAAAGUGUUCCUAUAGUCCAUA